AUGUGCGACUUGAUCGAAGGACCUCUUUCGCUCAUGGAAUUCGAGGCAAUCAGUUAUUCUUGGGGUGUAGCCUUACGUCCAUACACGAUCAAAGUCAACGGAAAGCCCUUUUACAUUGGAUACAACCUGUACAGUGCGCUUAAAAAGCUGCGUAACACUGAUCAUGAAAGACUUCUAUGGGCUGACGCUAUGUGCAUCAACCAACACAACUACAAAGAAAAGAGCAACCAAGUCCAAAUGAUGCAGGACAUAUUUUCCAAGGCUUCCAAUGUGGUGGUAUGGUUGGGCAAAUCAGAUUCUGCUACCAGUCCCACGUUCGAGUUUAUACGGCAAUUUGGGGCUGCCAGGACAGAGGAAAUGGAUAUACUAUGGGAGAAUCACAUCACAGGACCGACUUGGAAAAGGAUGCAAGCAGAAUAUGUCCGUAUUUUCGAGCAUAACUGGUGGAGUCGUGCCUGGGUCGUUGAAGAGGUAGUCGUUGGCCGUCACGUGGUUAUGCAAUGUGGUUCCUUCCAGGCAGAGUGGGAAGCUAUCCACAAGCUAUUCACCUACCGUCCCUUUGCAAACAAUGAGUUCUGUGACUAUAGGCCGCCUUCAAAAGAGGUAAAUGCGGAGGACUCCAACGCCACACUAGGUAACCUAGUCAUCCGCUUCCGACUGCAAUUAGCCACAUUUGGAUCGGAUAAUAUAUAUGCAUUGCUUGGUUUACUCAAGUCAAAUAACCCUUCUCUAAUCAAGCCUGAUUACAGCAAGUCGCCGGAUGAAGUAUUCAUACAAUUCACCGAGUCCUGUAUGAUCCAUAAGAAAAACCUAGACAUUCUCGGUUUUGCCUCUGGUGUGGAGCUUAAUGGUGCAAGCUGGUUUCGGGAUUGGCGACUCACCUACGAUGAGCCGUAUACUUUCAAGACCAAGAGGUUGUUGAAUCUUGAACCAUCCCGGCCGUUCUCAGCAUCCGGACCCAUUCAGCCAAUGUUCCAAAUCGAUCGAGGGUUGCGUGUUCUGGCAGUUGCAGGUUGCCAUAUCGACACCAUUAAAAAAAACUGGAAUCAUACCCAUUGCUGGCGGGUUGAACCUGUGGACUGGAGGACAAGAAUCAAGCCCCAGCAGGAACAUUCGCACGACGAUGAAGGCAGAGACUAUCGACUCACGGUCCGCAAUGCCUGUACCAACAUUUACUUCUUUAUGACUAAAGAUGGAAGGUUUGGCUUAGGUCCACCCAGUCUAGAGGAAGGAGAUACCAUAGCUGUUCUCUUAGGCGGAAAAACACCCUUCAUACUGCGACCCUGCGUCAACAGGCGUUCGGCAAAGAUCCCCUCCGCCACGUACUACUACAAGCUCGUAGGCGAGGCUUUCGUGGACGGACUGAUGUACCAAGACGGAAGCUUGCAGGAUGAUGGGUUGAGGGACUUCCUCUUGAUAUGA